GGUGGCUUCCUAUUACACCGCACGACGUCAUUUCAACACGAGUUCCGACGGGAAAAGCAGUGAAAUUCGGUGAAAAAUGAGUUCCGCCCCGCCGCAAUUUAAAUGGGGGAUUGUGAAACAAGUCCUCUCUGGUGACUCAGUGAUCAUCCGUGGUCAGCCGCAUGGGGGUCCGCCGCCGGAGAAGCAGAUCAAUUUCUCGAAUGUCCUGGCGCCGAAGCUGGCUCGCCGCCCCGGCGGCGCCAAUGCGUCCGGCGAGGACAAUCGCGAUGAGCCGUGGGCGUGGGAGGCGCGCGAGUUCCUGCGCAAGAAGCUCAUCGGCGAGGAGGUUCACUUCACCUGCGAACGCCCACAAAAAUCCACCCGCGACUACGGUGUUGUGUACCUUGGCAAGGAUCCCGCCACGGCGCAGAACAUCACGGAGCUGAUUGUGGCCGAGGGCCUGGUGACGGUGCGCCGGGACAGCAGCCACACGUCUGCGGAGCUGGCGAAGCUGGUGGAACUCGAGGAUGCGGCCAAGGCGGCUGGGAAGGGCAAGUGGGGCAACUCACCGCCGGCCGAGCAUGUGCGCAACAUCAAGUGGACGCAGGAGAAUCCGCGCAACUUCGUUGAGCACUUCCAUGGGAAGCCCAUCAAGGCCAUCAUCGAGCACGUCCGCGAUGGCUCCACCAUUCGCGCCUUCCUCCUGCCCGAUUUCAACUACAUCACCCUCAUCAUGUCGGGCAUCCGCUGUCCGGGCUUCAAGUUGGACAGCGACGGCAAGCCCGAUCCCAGCGUCACGGUGCCGUACGCCGAGGAGGCGCGCUACUUUGUCGAGUCCCGCCUGCUGCAGCGCGAUGUGGAGAUUGUGCUGGAAUCGGUGAACAACGCCAACUUCGUGGGCUCCAUUCUCUUCCCCAAGGGCAACAUUGCCGAGGCGCUGCUGCGCGAUGGCUUCGCCAAGUGCGUGGACUGGAGCAUGGCCUUCAUGAAGUCCGGUGCCGAGAAGCUGCGCGCGGCUGAGAAGCUGGCAAAGGAGAAACGCCUGCGUCUGUGGAAGGAUUACCAGUCGAAUGUGCAGAACUUCAGUGGCAAGGAAAAGGACUUCUAUGGCACUGUUAUGGAGGUCUACAAUGGCGAUGCCCUGAGCGUGAAGAGUUCGAGUGGUGCUGUGAAAAAGGUCUUCCUAGCCAGCAUUCGUCCACCACGCGAGGCCGCCCGUGUGGCUGGUGAGGAUGGCAAAGUGCCACCGCGCUCCAAGAACCGUCCCUUGUACGAGAUCCCGUGGAUGUUCGAGGCCCGCGAGCACCUGCGCAAGCUCAUUGGCAAGAAGGUGCACUGCGUCCUGGACUACAUCUCACCUGCCCGAGAUAACUUCCCGGAGAAGUACUGCUACACCGUCACGAUGGGCAAAACCAACGUGGCUGAGCAACUGGUGUCUGAGGGACUUGCCACUGUUGUGAGAUACCGUCAGGAUGAUGAUCAGCGCUCCUCCCAGUACGAUGGACUCCUUUCGGCGGAGGCUCAGGCCACCAAAGCUGCCAAGGGUGUCCAUGGCAAGAAGGAUAAACCCGCCCAUCGCAUUACCGACUUGACUGUCGAACAUUCCCGCAUCAAGCAUCAGUACUUGCCGUCGUGGUUGCGCGCCCUCAAGACUGACGGCAUUGUUGAGUUCGUGGCCAGCGGCUCCCGCUUCCGUAUCCUCGUUCCCAAGGACAGCUGCCUGGUGACAUUCCUCCUGGCGGGCAUCUCGUGUCCGCGCUCAGCUCGUCCCGCCGCCAAUGGGAUGAACGCCCAGGAGGGCGAGCCGUAUGGCGAUGAUGCGCUGAAUUUCACCAAGGAGCGCAUCCUGCAGCGCGACGUGCAGGUGCACAUGGAGGGCACCGACAAGGCCGGCACCAGCGUGAUUGGGUGGCUCUGGGCGGAGGGCAAUGUGAACUUGUCUGUGGCGCUGGUGGAGGAGGGUUUGGCCACUGUGCACUUCACGGCGGAGAAAUCUGAGUACUAUCGCGCUCUGAAGACGGCCGAGGACAAUGCCAAGGCGAAGAAGAAGAACAUCUGGUCCACGUAUGUGGAGGAGCCGGAGGGUGAGAAGGAGAAGGACGGCGAGGUGGGUGACAAGGAGGAUGACAAGGUGGUGGAGCGCAAGGUGAAUCAUGAGAAGGUGGUGGUGACGGAGAUUACGCCCGAGUUGCACUUCUUUGUCCAGCAUGCCGAUCAGGGGGCGAAACUGGAGGCGCUGAUGACGAAGCUGAGGCAGGACUUUAGCGUGUCGCCACCCAUUCAGGGCGCCUACACGCCCAAGCGAGGGGAUCUCUGUGCGGCCAAAUUCACGGAGGACAAUGAUUGGUAUCGGGCCAAGGUGGAGCGUGUCACCAAGUCCAAUGUCUCCGUGACCUACAUCGACUACGGAAACAAGGAGAUGCUUCCGCCAUCCCGCCUCGCGAUUCUUCCACCUGCCUUCACGACGGACAAGCCGUACGCCACGGAGUUCGCUCUGGCCUUGGCCCUGCUGCCAUCGGACGACGAUGAUAAGCAGGAAGCGUUCAAGAUCUUCCGGCAGGACGUGACCGAUCGCACUCUGUUGCUGAAUGUGGAGUACAAGGCCAACAACUUGGCGCACGCUACUCUGCAGGAUCCCAACACCAAGGCGGACAUCGGCAAGGCGCUCAUCAACGAUGGCUAUAUCCUCUGCGAGAAGCGUCGGGAGGGGAAGUUGGCCAAGCUCCUCGAGGAGUACAAGGAGGCCGAGAGUGCCGCCAAGAAGGCCCACAACGGCAUCUGGGAGUAUGGCGACAUCACUGAGGAUGAUGCCAAGGAAUUCGGUGCCGGACGCUAAAUUGCUGCAGCUUGAGCGCGCGCGCCCCUGCGAUCAUUUCUUUUUAUGCUUUAUCAUUGAACAAACCCUGCAUCCUUUUUUAUUUACCUAUGCGACCGCCGCGAUCCUCCAGCGAAAAAACUUCCAAAAUAUACACAUUGAAAUUUUUCAGUAAAGCCAACAAACACACAUGAAAUGUCCUGGACAAAAGGAACACACUUCCCCAAUGAUCGUAAGUGAAAGAAAAAGAAAGAGAAAACACAGCCCGGUUUUCUUAUUUUACAAGACGAAAAACAAAAUCCAACCAGCAAAAAGCAUAGAGAAUAUUAUCAAAGUUGAAUGAGUAAAUUCUCCUUCUAAAAACAUGUUUUAUACAGACGAUUUUAAAAUUGAAUAAUAAAAAAUUUUAGAAUUGAUUGCAA